CGCAAUGUCAGUUACGUAACGAAAUUCAACGAAGUCGGUACUGAGCAGUCGAGUGAUAAAACGGAGAUGGAAUAUAAGAAUUUUCUUGAAAUGGUGAGUGAGACGAGCUGCUCGGGCGAAAACUACUUUCACGAAGCAUGUAAACUUCGCUCAUUGGAUCUUCUUAAAAGGGCGGAAAAGUGGAUGGAUCAACCAAUGGUUUCGCUGUUGACUGAAAGAAACUACAACGGUGAGCAAUGCACUCAUUUAAUCGCCAAGUACAAAGAUUCUGAAGCAAAGGAGAUGAUGUGGUACGUCUUGAAAUUUGGGGCGGAUAUAAACGGCCAGGAAUCGCUCAGUGGUUUCACUCCUCUGCACUUGUGUGUUUGGGAAAGGAAUUACCAGCUCGCUGAAUGGCUGUGUAAGAGACCAGACAUCAAUCUGGAGGCUAUCAACUACGCCGGGCAGACUGCCUAUCAACUUGCCAUAGAACGAGACGACACUCAAUUACAGCAGAUGCUGAAAGCAGCCGGAGCUGAGUGCAAAGUUCCAAGUGAUUUAAAAAGCUGUGUGGAACAGCUAAGUCUUCAAAUAUUGUAACCAACAGUUUAUGUUUAGAAAUCAUAAGUUAAUUUAGGUAGCUAGUUUUGUUUUAAUAUUUUACUAUUGUUUUUUUGUGUUUGUUAAAUUUUAAAGUUGGGAUUAAUUGUAUUUUUAAAUAUCUUAAAGUAGACGUAAGUAGUUUUAAGCCCUUUUGUGGCAAUCAAAAGCAACACCCUACCUCAUUAAAAUAGUUAAAUUAAUCAACGAUGGUAGCUCAAAUGUUGUUGUGUAGAAAUAAAACAAAUGAUAAGCGGCAGGAUGGCCGAGCGGGCUAAGUCAUAAUCCCGUUAGUUCGCUCGCACAUCAUGCCGUGAGGCGAGGGUUCGAGCCGCGACGGUUGUUCGAAUAGUUCCAACACCAACCGUCGAGGGCCGCUCCGGUAGCCGAACUGUACUGGCAUGGGUUUUCUCUGUGGUUUCCCCAUCGCCACUAUUCCAACAACCGAUAGAAAGGGGGUGAAGAAUAGGGUAAAUACAGUACAGAAAGCACAAGUCGGUCCACAGCCGCAGUAAUAAUAAUAAAGAGUUGAGUAUAUAAAUGUGCGAAAAAAUAAGGUUGAUUAUGUAGUGAAAAUACAGGAGCGAAAUGCGACAGCUACCAUCUACCCAGCCUUGUAAAAAUCAAGAACGGUAUACAAGUAAAAAUCGAAAUAAUAAUAGAUAAAACAAAUGUUUUUUAUUGUAAUAUAUUUAAUAAUUAAACGUAUAAAACUUAGUACGAAUUUUAUUUUUUAGACUGAUAAACUUAGUUCUUUUAAACCGUGGCCGUAUCUCAAAAGGACAGCCUUCUAUACACCUUCCACGCAGCAGUUUUCUUUUACCAGAUACUCUUGGCUGGAGCUCUAAACUAGGCUUGAACAGCAAAUCUAUCUCUAAAUAAUCUUCUUGUUUGAGCAGGUUGAAUAAUUGACGGUCUCUCCGGUGAAAAUGUCGGUAAUAAGCAUCAAAAAGAAGAUAGCUCGUACAGUCGGGACAGCGGUCUAUCACCAACCAGAAGCUUUCCUCAUCCAUAGACAGGAAAUACUGCAACGAAGAUAGUCAAUUUAAAUAAGAUAGGAAUACAUCGGUCACAUAUAAAGACAGCUAUGCUGUUUUUACAGACAUACCUCUAAAACAGAAAUAGGUUUUCCUUCCUUUGUAGGUGUUUUAGUUGGCACGGUCCUCAAGAGCCAGACCGUUCUAUUUACACAAUUAUUGGGAUACAUAGCAAAGAACGGAUCAUUCGGUUUUAUCCAGUUAGGUCGCUCAUCACGGUAAAACGUCAUGUUUGUUUUUCCGUAAGUCUGAAAUAAAUAGUCACAAUUAGGAGGUAACAUACACCUAAGAGGCUAACACUUGUUUAAUCUGCUUUGAUGAAUCAUUAACACAGGACUUACCGCACAAAAUCUUGUAACUCGUUGAACUUCCUCGAGGAAAUGAACGUUUCUGUUCUAUUGUUUCAAUAAAUAUAACAUCAUUGGCAUGUAUACAUGUAAUUUAUUUAACAUGAAACUUCAGGCCUUCAUCAGAGCAAAUCAACGAACAAUUUAAUUAAUUGGUGUGACGCACCACUGAAAUAAACUCUCACUCAAAUAUAUACCGUAUGUACUCGCAGUAAGGUUUGUUUUUCACUGAAGAGUUGGCGUUCAUUAGAAUUUCGGUAUCGGCGCUAAUAAUACUGUAUAGUCUAGACCGUUGAUAGUAAUCGUAGUUAACUAGACUUUCGACUAAUUCUAUUCUCUUUAUCAUGGUCCGUUUUCAAAUGCUUAAUUGGUAUCAAACGAGAUUAAAAAUGCCAGUCAUGGAAACUGCAUAAAUGCAACACGAAACCAAUUUGAAAGACAAUUUUUUCCGCUGAAUUUUAUUAUUUUCGAUUACUACAAAAUGUUUAGAGAUUUGCGAAAAGAUAGUUGAUAGUUUUUAGUUUUGAUAUGCGUAUAUCCUAUUGUAAGGCUGACAUACAAAUCAGUACGGUUUUAAUCUAUGAAGACAGAUGUUUUCUUCAAAAUUUUACAAGUGAUUAGUCAAUAAAAUAAUAGUUAAAAAAAUACAUUUUAUAAUUUUAU